CUGACAUGGACGUCAUAGUGCACGGAUGACAGCUGUUGAAGUUUGUAUUGAGUGAGGAAGAGAGAGAUAUUAAUGAAAUCAGAGUAAUUGUGACUCAAAGUCGAGGGGGAAGCUACAGUAAACGUGUGUGUGUGUGAGAGAGAGAGAGAGAGAGAGCGUGUGUGUGUGUGUGUGUGUGUGAAUGAGUGAGUGAGUGAGAGAGACGGUGAGACAGUGAUUUGACUGCGCACACAACACAGCUGUGACUCUUUUCUCCCGGAACGUUAACACAGGAGGAUGAGUUUCUUAUUUGGAAAUCGCUCAUCCAAAACAUUCAAGCCCAAGAAGAACAUUCCGGAAGGUUCCCACCAAUAUGAGUUGCUGAAACAUGCUGAGGCGACACUGGGCAGUGGAAACCUGCGCAUGGCUGUCAUGUUGCCAGAUGGAGAAGAUCUGAAUGAAUGGGUUGCAGUGAACACUGUGGACUUCUUUAACCAGAUCAACAUGCUUUAUGGGACCAUCACAGACUUUUGCUCGGAGGACAGCUGUCCAGUUAUGUCCGCAGGACCCAAAUAUGAGUAUCACUGGGCUGAUGGCACCAACAUCAAAAAGCCAAUCAAAUGCUCUGCUCCUAAAUACAUUGACUACCUGAUGACCUGGGUGCAGGAUCAGCUUGAUGAUGAAACUCUUUUCCCGUCCAAAAUUGGUGUCCCCUUUCCCAAGAACUUCAUGUCUGUGGCAAAGACCAUUUUGAAACGCCUCUUCCGUGUAUAUGCUCACAUUUAUCAUCAGCACUUUGACUCAGUCAUGCAGCUACAGGAGGAGGCCCACCUCAACACCUCCUUUAAACACUUCAUCUUUUUUGUCCAGGAGUUUAACCUGAUUGACCGCAAAGAACUCGCACCACUUCAAGAGCUGAUCGACAAACUCACAACCAAGGACAGAUAGACAGACAUGACAAAAUAAUCAUUCUUUCAUCAAGUUACUGAUCUCUGUGUUGCCUUUUAUUGCAUCUCUUGUUUACUUUUGUUCUCUGUACAGAUAGCCUACUUUGGUUUAUACUCAAGAGCACAUGAUCAGCUAACAUUAGCUGGACAACAGAGGAUGAUAAUCUAUAACAGCAUAAAAUGGGGUAGUAAAAUGCUAAUGACUAAAAAGGGGGUAGUGUCCUUAGUCACACAGAUUUCAGUCUUUAAUUAAAAGUUUUUUUUAUUAGAUUUAAUCUCAUUUUUUAGGAUUGUUUAAUUAGAUUAUAGUUUACAGUAAACCAUAAGUUCCUGCUCCUUAACUAGACAUUAUUAAACUAUGAAAUGAUCCUUUGUGCUGUAUUGCUUUGUUUUUUGCCAAUAUCUUUAAGUUUUCACUCAGCUUGUCAUGUCAAAUCCACUACCAGUGAGGUUUAAUGGUGCCAGCUGGUCAAUAUGUGAUGGUUUGACUGUGUGCUUGUUUUAGGGUGAUUUUGAGCAUGUGCCAGAUUUUAAUGCCAGUAACACUUACAGCAAAUGAAUACUGUAAAAAAUUGUACUUAUAAUAUAUUUUCCUAUGCAAUCACCAUGCUGAAUUAUUCUGAUCACCUGUUCCAUAAUACUACUGUUUAUUUAUGUCUAGUUUUAUCCAUUUAUUUUACCUCAGAUCUUACUACACUCCAUUAGCUGUAGCAUUUACUGUCGUUACCAGAUUAGUGUUAGUUGUGCUAUAUUGUUAUUUUACAGAGCUAAGUAGCUUAAAUUCCAUUAACUUUAAAAUGUUAAAUCAGGAUUUUUUUUAAUUUUCAGAAAUAGAAAUGACGAUUUCCUAAUCAGACAUUUCAUCUUGACAUUCUGUUAAUUUUCUGACCAUUUAUUUUAGGCUGUUUAUUUUUAAUAGCUUUCUCGCUUUCUUUACUUUCACAUUUUGACUGUAAUUUUAACUUGUACAGGCCCCACAGAUAUUACCACAUAUGUGCCAACUAAUAAUUGUUAUUGAAAACCUUUAAAUAUUUACUAGUGACAAUAAGAUGGAUAUAUUUUCCCUAUACUGUAUAAUAUUUAUGCCAUUUUUAACAAGAUCUAAUAUGUAUAAAUGUGGCUGUGGAAAUGGGUAUUUUACAACAACAAAAAAUGGUUAUUGGUGUUUUACAGUAAUAAAUGCCAUGUUCUAUUA